AUGUCAGCACUACGGAUCCGCGCAAGCCUUGCUUCGCAUCGCAACACCCUCUUCUCCUUUGCGCAAUCUUGCACACGGCCACAACUCCUCCCGAACCAAACAUCGCCAAUCCUCUCCUCCCUCUCGCGCGCAUUCUCUUCCACACCCUCAACCCAAUCUUGGCUUCUUCCUAAGAAAGGUGCCAACAAGAAGGACCGCAAAGGACGACCUCGCGUCCCCACUGGUGGCAGUACUCGCGGCACAACCGUCGUUUGGGGCGACUAUGGACUCCGUCUGCUCGAUCACGACCGUCGCAUCAGUGCUGCACAACUCAAGAUUGGCGAGGAUGUCAUCCGUAAGCGCCUGCGUGGAAUGAAGUACCGCCUCUACACACGCAUCUCGGCCAACAUCGGUGUCUACACUUCCGGAAACGAAUCGCGUAUGGGGAAGGGAAAGGGUAGUUUCGAUUACUGGGCUUCGCGUGUUGCCGUCAGCAAGAUCAUUUUCGAACUCAAGGGAGAGUUGCACGAGCAGGUUGUCAAGGAUGCUUUCAGAUUGGCAGGCGCCAAGUUGCCUGGACUUUAUGAGUUCGUGCGUGCUGGAGACCCGCCAGUCAUGGGCAUCACCAAGCUUGGAGACGGUGUCACCGAGGAGUCGCUGAGGAGGCCAAGACGUGAGCUGCCCCCUGCCAGUCUUGAUCAGUCUGCCAAUCGCAUGCCCGAAUCGCCUUCGCCGUAA